GCGAUAAAAACCGAUUCCCGCCCUUUCUAAUCUUCCCAGUUCCCAUAUAAAACCCUAAACAAAAUUUCAACGUCUUCUCUGAUCUGCUGCGUGUAUGCAUUGAAUAUUUUUCAUUUCUCUCGGUGUAAAACCCCUUUUGCAAGAUCGAGUCGCCGGAUGCUAAUGCACCGAAGCUCUUCCUUUUCUCACGAUGUAAAACCCUAGCUGAAGAGAAGGGAAAGGUUGAUGGAGAUGGAGGCGUUGGCAGAGGGAUUGUGGGGCCUAGCUGAUUUCCAUGAGAGCAACGGCGAGAUCGGCAAGGCCAUCAAGUGCCUGGAAGCCAUCUGUCAGAGCCACGUGUCCUUCCUCCCCAUUGUCGAGAUCAAGACUCGUCUCCGGAUCGCCACGAUCCUGCUCAAGCACACGCACAAUGUCAAUCAUGCCAAAUCCCAUCUCGAGAGAUCGCAAUUGCUCUUGAAGUCAAUACCUUCGUGCUUCGAAUUGAAAUGCAGAGCAUAUAGCUUGUUAAGCCAGUGCUAUCAUCUUGUCGGUGCCAUCCCUCAGCAGAAACAGAUCUUAAACAAGGGUUUAGAGAUGACGGCAUCUUCUCAGGAUGGGUUUGAAGUGAAGUUGUGGUCAUGUAACUUCAAUUCACAGCUUGCAAAUGCUUUGGUAAUUGAAGGAGACUAUCGAGGCUCUAUAUCUGCUUUAGAACAUGGAUAUAUGUGUGCUACUGAAAUAGGUUAUCCUGAGCUUCAGAUGUUUUUUGCAACUUCAAUGCUACAUGUUCAUCUAAUGCAAUGGGAAGACGUAAGUUUGGUUGAUAAGGCUGUUGAAAAGUGCAACAGUAUUUGGGAGUCCAUCCAAACGGAUCGAAGACAACAGUGCCUUGGCCUAUUUUUUUACAGCGAACUGCUACAUACAUUUUAUCGACUCAGAACAUGUGACUACAAGAGUGCUGCUCAACACGUCGACAAGCUGGAUGCUGCAAUGAAAGAUAGCUUGCAGCAAGACCAACGCAUUCAAGAGUUGACAUCUGAGAUUGAUGCCAUAACUCAAAGUCUCUCCCAGGCUGAUCUGCCACGUAGGCAAAAGUCAGCAUUGAAUGAGAAACUAAGUCAGCUUCAAGAGCAGCUGAAAACUGUUAGUGGACUGAAUUUGGCUGGCAAGGAACCAUCAUAUUUUGGAAAUGCAAGACAGACAUGGGGAAAUAAUCUAGAAUUGGCACCUCCGCCCGUAGAUGGAGAAUGGUUGCCAAAAAGUGCAGUGUAUGCACUGGUUGAUUUAAUGGUUGUCAUAUUUGGGCGUCCAAAAGGGCUAUUUAAGGAAUGUGGGAGACGGAUUCAGUCUGGACUGCAUGUGAUUCAAGAUGAACUAGUGAAGCUUGGAAUUACUGAUGGCAUUAGAGAAGUGGAUUUGCAACACUCAGCCAUCUGGAUGGCAGGUGUUUACUUGAUGCUUCUAAUGCAGUUCCUGGAAAACAAAGUUGCAGUGGAGCUUACGCGGUCAGAAUUUGUUGAAGCACAAGAGGCAUUGGUGCAAAUGAAAAGUUGGUUCAUUCGUUUCCCAACAAUCUUACAAGGAUGCGAAAGCGUUAUUGAAAUGCUCAGAGGACAAUAUGCUCAUUCUCUUGGAUGCUUUAAUGAAGGAGCUUUUCAUUUCAUUGAAGCAGCAAAGCUAACUGAGAGCAAAUCAAUGCAAGCUAUGUGCCAAGUUUAUGCAGCUGUAUCCUACAUCUGUAUUGGUGAUGUGGAAUCAUCUUCUCGGGCACUCGAUCUAAUAGGUCCUGUCUACAGAAUCAUGGAUUCUUUUGUCGGGGUGCGAGAGAAGACCAGCGUUCUUUUUGCUUAUGGGCUUCUACUAAUGAAACAGCAUAAUCUACAAGAAGCACGAAUUCGAUUAGCAACUGGGUUGAGGAUCACACACCAGCACUUGGGAAACAUUCAACUUGUUUCACAGUAUCUGACAAUCCUUGGAACUCUGGCACUUGCCCUACAUGACACCGGACAAGCGAGAGAAAUCUUGAAGUCGUCUUUGACAUUGGCAAAGACGCUUUAUGAUAUCCCAACGCAGAUAUGGGUGCUCUCUGUUCUAACAGCUUUGUAUCAAGAAUUGGGUGAAAGGGGAAAUGAAAUGGAGAACUUGGAGUACGAGAGGAAAAAAGCUGAUGACUUGCAGAAGAGACUAUCUGAUGCACGGUCAUCCAUUCAUCACCUUGAAUUGAUUGACAAGUCGAGGAUCCAAGUUAAACAGCUGCAUGAACUUGACAUCAAGCGAGCAGUUGCAGGCCCAUCUACAAAGGUCAAUCUCGACAUCCCAGAAUCUGUCGGCCUGUCCACUCCAUCACCUGCUUUGACCUCAGCAAGGCUAUGCGAUAUCGACACCGGCAGGCGCGGCAAGAAGAAAAUAUAAUCCUGAUCAAAAAGUUAAUUUGAAUGGUCAAAUGCCUGAAUCUGGUUGACAUGUGAUGACCGGUAAUGCUAAAGAUGGCCCAUGAUCAAUCUUAAGUGAUCCUGGGUAUGUUGUGUUAAUGUUGUGUUUUCCACCCUUGCUGAGAUGCACAAAUACAACACAGCUUGGGUGCUUGUAAUGAUAACUGUAUAGGCAAUGUAUACUAGUUUUCAGAGCAUGUCCUGCACGGGACACUUUCGCUGAAAUUUUAAUAGUAAAUGACCAAUCAAUUAGGUGGCUUUGUACAAAAGGCCCAUUAAAAACAAUAUCAUGAUUGUUAAUUACGAUAAGUUGCAAUGAUCAAAUUUUAGGAGGGC